AUGAGUCUUUCCAAAUUACGCCAGCAGUCUUCGGCGGCCAUCUUUUGCCCGCAGAGCAAAGCCCCGGAGAAAUCCUAUCUCGACCAGCUCCAGAAAUUCCUCGUCGAGCAUGAGCAGCUUCGGCGGCUAGCGGGAGAUGUGAAGCGUCUUCAAGAGACGUGGGACAUCAUUGCCGCCCGCAGGGAGGACAUCGCCGCCCUCAAGCAAGGCCCGCGAUACAUGCGAGCCCUGCACGACUGGGUUGAAGAGGGCGCGUCGGCACCGGUUGCCAACGCCAUGUCCGGCAUCCUGUCGCUGCCGCUGCUGGUCGUCAUCCAAACAUGUCAAUAUUUCCAGUACCUCCAACUCGCCGGCCUGACGCACGCCGAGUUCCUCGAUGGUCUCAAGACCGGCGGCGCACAAGGGUAUUGUGGCGGGCUGUUGCCAGCCAUGGCAAUUGCGUGUGCCAAGGACGAAGACGAGGUCGUCACCAUGGCAGCGGUGGCGAUGCGCAUUGCCCUUGCGGUCGGUGCCUACGGAGAGCUUGGCGACGACGAGAAUCUGCCGGGGCCGACAACCAUCGUUGUUCGGCUGAGGCAAGAGGGCCAAGGAGAGGACAUCGUCAGGAAAUUCCCCGGAUCGUAUGUUUCCGCAGUGACAGAUCCCAAGACUAUCAGCAUAGUCGGGCCCGUUCCUACGCUCGAAGCAGUGUCCGCCUACGCGCGUGAACGGGGCCUAUUGGUCCAGGGAAUGCACCUGAGGGGAAAGGUGCACAACCCAGAGAAUGCAGAAUUGGCCAAGGAACUAUGCGAGCUUUGUGACGAAUUCGAGAGUCUCACGCUGCCUGCCUGUAGUGAGCUGCAGGUACCUGUUUACUCCAACAUCACUGGCCGGCGGCUGCGGGACUGCUCGCUCACACACGAGGCUGUGCGGACAAUCUUGGCAUCGCGUUGCGAGUGGUGGACGCUUCUCAAUGAGCUCGCCCAAGCCCUCAAAGCCACCGGCACCCAGUCGCAUACCUUCGCCAUGUUUGGCAUCGGUGACUGUGUCCCGUUGAUGCCGUUCCACCAGGCGACGCUCAAGAUCUCCAAGAUCGAUGUGCACCGUACUAUCCGCGAAGCUGAGCUCAAGGACUACAAGCUGCCGGAGGAUGCCAUUGCUGUUGUGGGCGCCGCUUGUCGCCUUCCUGGUGCUAACAGCUUGGAGGAACUCUGGGAUUUGAUGGCAGCGGGAGCGUCGACGGCCGAGGAGAUUGGCCCAGAGCGCAUUCCCCUGCAUACAAGCUUCAGGGCGUCUCAAGACCAGAAGUUCACCAGCAAGCGCAAGUUCUUCGGGAAUUUUGUGGCUAACGUCGAUGGCUUUGAUCACGCUUUCUUCCGCACAAACCCCAAGGAGGCGGCCUACAUGGAUCCGCAACAGCGAGUCCUGCUCGAGCUCGCAUACCAGGCAAUGGACUCCAGCGGCUACCUUCGAAACCACAAGCGCCAGUCAGGAGACGACGUGGGCUGCUUCAUCGGCGCCUCAUUCAACGAAUAUCUCGACAACACGUCAGCCCAUGCGCCCACUGCGUAUACCUCGACCGGAACCAUCCGGGCUUUUCUCUGCGGCAAGAUCAGCUAUUAUUUCGGAUGGAGCGGGCCGGCUGAAGUCAUUGACACUGCAUGUUCUGCAUCCCUCGUGGCCAUCCACCGCGCGUGCCGGGCAAUCAUGGCGGGCGAGUGCUCAAUGGCUCUGGCCGGAGGCGUCAACAUCAUGAGCGGCGUCAAUAACUACAUGGAUCUGGGCAAGGCAGGCUUCCUCAGCCCCACCGGUCAGUGCAAGCCCUUUGACAAAGACGCCGACGGCUAUUGCCGCUCCGACGGCGCAGGCCUCGUCGUUCUCAGGCCGCUGAGGCACGCUCUGGCGGAUGGGGAUGACAUCCUCGGAGUGAUUCCCGGAGUUGGUACGAACCAGGGCGGCCUCUCGCCAUCAAUCACAGUGCCGCACUCGGCGGCGCAGAUGACGCUGUACAGGAAGAUCCUCAAGCAGGCUGGAAUGAGCCCGGAGCACGUCUCGUACGUCGAAUGCCAUGGAACGGGCACUCAGGCCGGCGAUCCGUUGGAAAUGGCUUCGGUGCGCGAGGUCUUCUGCGGCAGCGACCGCCAGGUUGGCCUGCACGUGGGAUCCCUCAAGGGCAACAUCGGCCACGCCGAGACGGCGGCUGGAGUGGCAUCUCUGCUGAAGGUGCUGGCCAUGUUGCAAAAGAAGCGCAUUCCUCCCCUGGCCAGCUUCAAGACGCUCAAUCCCAAGAUCCCCGCCCUAGCGCCGGACAAGCUCGCGAUUGCCAAGCAGGUCGAGCGCUGGGACGCUCCGGUCCGCGCCGUGUGCGUCAACAGCUACGGUGCGGCUGGCAGCAAUGCAGCGCUGUUGUGCGUUGGCAUCGACCAGGCUGCUGAGGCCCAACCAGCAGCGCAGGCAUCAGCCUGGCCCAUCAUCGUCAGCGCUGCGACCGAGAUAUCCCUGUCCCGGUACUGCGAGGCGUUGGACGGAUACCUCGCCAAGGACCCCGAUCUUUCUCUUGGAGACAUCGCCUUCACUCUCGGCGAGCGGAGGCAGCGCCACCGCUUUAGGCUGACGGCAACAGCAUUCGACCUGGCUGGCCUGCGCAAUGUCCUAAAGAGCAAUGCAUCGAGCAUUGUCGAUACCGCCAAGGCCACGCGCCCUUUUGUCCUGGCAUUCGGCGGGCAGAGCAAGCAAAUUGUGGGGCUGAGCCGCACACUCUACGACAGCAGCCCUCAGCUCCGGGCUUACAUCCAGGAGUGCGACAGUCUUCUCGUAGACUUAGGCUAUCCGACUAUUUUGCCAGCCAUCUUCUCGCAGGAAGCAUUGGACGACGUGGUGGUUCUGCAGACGGGAACGUUUGCCGUCCAGUAUGCAUGCGCCAAGUGUUGGACCGACUCAGGGGUGCGUGCCGACGCCGUGGUUGGACACAGCUUCGGCGAGCUCACAGCCCUGGCUUUCUCCGGGGCCUUGAGUCUUCGCAGCGGAUUGAAGCUCGUAGCAGCCCGUGCAGCCCUCAUGGCUACCGUAUGGGACAGCGAAAGAGGCACCAUGCUCGCCGUCCAUGCCGAACGCAGUGUCGUCGAAGACCUGAUUAGUGACGUGGGUGGCGGUGAGCUCGAGAUAGCCUGCUACAAUUCCGUCUCCAGCCAAGUCGUUGUAGGUUCUGCGGCAGCCAUUGCUCACGCCGAAUCCUUCCUGGCAAAUGACCCCCGGUUAGCCGGCGUGCGCAACCAGCGUGUCGAUGUCACGCACGGCUUCCAUUCCAAAUUUACCGAGCCUCUUCUGGACAAACUCACCACGGUAGCCAACACGCUUGGUUUCAACGAACCCACUAUUCCGCUCGAAAUGUGUGUGCCUGACGGCUCCGCGACACAGCGUCCAGGACCGGCUCGCAUUGCAGAACACACACGCCAACCAGUCUACUUUGUUGAUGCAGUCCGCCGCAUCGAGGCACGCUUGGGAUCAAACUGCGUGUGGCUCGAGGCUGGAACUGACGCCCCUAUCAUCCCCAUGGUCAAGCGCGCUGUGUCCAGGCCCGACGAGCAGCUGUUCCUCAGCCUACGCUUUGCAGGUGCCAAGGAUCCGGCUGCUGUGCUGCCUGAAGUAACCAACGCCCUCUGGCGCGAAGGCCUGGAUGUGUCGUUCUGGCCGUGGCUGGGCGGGCCGGCUGAGUCUGGCCUCCGCCACGUUUGGCUGCCGCCCUACGAGUUCGCGCGUUCAUCUGCAUGGGUGAAGAACAUUGACCGCGCCAUCGAAGCUCAAGCCAAGGCCAUUGAAGCUGGUCCACAUCUUGUUGUAACAGAGGUUGCUCAGCCCAAGCCACAGCUCGUCAGCCAGCCGCAGCCUGGAUCCAUGGACUUCACUGUCAACGUGGGCUCAGCCCGCUUCCGUGAAAUCGUCUCUGGUCACGCCGUCCGGGGCCGGCCGCUCUGUCCUGCAUCCAUGUACAUGGAGUGCGCCGUCAUGGCCCUUCAACAGCAUCUUAGUUCCAGGUUUGACCCCGAGAGCGCCCUGUCCUUCGAAGAUCUCAGCUUUGAGCAGCCUCUGGGCGUUGAUCUCAGCCGCAAUGUUUCGGUCGUGCUUCAGGAGUCUGGUAGCGAGGCUGGUGCCUGGAAGUUCCAGUUGCGCAGUUCAUCAAAGGCUGAUCCCAAACAGCGACUUUCCACCCACGGGCGCGGCACAGUGCGCCUGGGGAAGCAGCCCAAACUGCACAGCUACCAGCAUCUCAUUACCGAACGUGUCGAAGAUGUUAUGAAAAAGCCUGACACCGAGACUUUGCUGUCAAGGCGAGCUUAUGGCUUGUUCUCCCAAGUCGUCACGUAUGCGCCGCUCUUGCGCGGAAUGCAAUCAGUCUCGAUGGAUGGCACUAGAGCCGUUGCUCAAAUAGAAGUCCCCGCCCCUCACGUUGCCGCCGAGGAAAGCUCUGCCAUUGGGCUUUGCGAUACCGUCUCAAUUGACACGUUUAUUCAAGUCGUCGGCCUCCUGAUUAACAGCAGUGAUUACUGCAUCCCCAACCACGUCUUUGUGGCGACGGGCUUGGAGAGCGCGAACCUGUCCAAGGCCUGUGACUUCCAUGCCAGCACCUCCUGGACAGUCUACGCCAUGUUCAGAUCCACCGGCGAGACCACCGCCACUGGUGACGUCUUUGUCAUGGCUGCCAAUGGCGCCAUUGCGCUCACCAUCAUGGAUGUCAAAUUCACUCGGCUGCCCAUUGCAACACUCGAGAAGAUGCUGGACAGCGCAAAUUCGACUACUGCAAAGAAAAAUGCCUACGAGCCACGCUCAGAAGUGCCAAGUCGCCACUCGGUUCCCGAACUGAGGGCUUCUGACGAGAGCAGCUCUGACGGAGAAGAUGAGCUCAAAACGCCGCCCGGCGAGCCAGAUGACAGCAGUCUUCGACAGAUGGUGGCCAUGUACACAGGUGCAGCAGAAGGCACUAUUUCUGAACAAUCUACAAUGGCAGACCUGGGCGUAGACUCUCUCGCUGCCGUCGAAUUUGCCGACGAAUUGCGAUCCCAGUUUGGGAAGGAUAUUUCGUCCACAGACCUCCUGGCGAGUGACAUUGGUGCUCUGUCACGGAUUUUCCUGACGCUGGACCCGAAGCCGUCGACAAAGAAGGCCAGGAGCCCCAAAACGCAACCUUCUGUGACGAGAACAGAGGUGCUGCUUUCUCAUCCCGCCCAGGUAGCGCCAGCAGAAGAUGGCCAACAUCAGCGCAUGCUUAAGAUCAUCGCUGACGCGUGCGGUGCACCAAUUGGAGAUAUCAAAGACACCGAGACUCUCCGCGAUCUGGGUGUGGACUCCCUGGCGGCGGUGGAGCUGAAGAGCGAGAUUGAAGAAGCCUUCUCCACCGAAGUAGACGAGAAUAUCGUGCACCUCGACUCCACCAUCGCCGAGAUUGCAAGCUACCUGGGGAUUGGGGCUACGAGCAAGGCUGUCUCACUGACAGCGCCUGCUCAGACUCCUAAAAUCAACACAAUGCAGGCUUCCGUUACUCCCCCCGCAACCACGGCACCUGCAGGCAACAGCAUCAUCCGGCAGCGUGUUCUCCAGAUUAUAUCAGAAACCAGUGGCGCCGCUGUCCAGUCUAUGCGCGAUGAGGAAACUCUUCGAGAUCUCGGCGUUGACUCUCUGGCAGCUGUCGAGCUCAAGAGCGAGCUGGAGGACGCGUUCGGUGCCGAUUUCGACGACAAUCUCCUCGACCUUUCCAUUGCAGAGAUCAUUGAAAACUGCGGAGGCUUCUCUGCUAAUAUCUCUGGUACUCCUGCCUCCUCCACCGGUAUGUCUACAAGCUCGACCGCGCCCGCUAGCGUCUCAACCGAGAAUUCUCCAGCAGUCCCAGCUGACUUGGGCAGCCCUUUCGACGCUCUAGUUGCCAGCGAAAAGAAGUAUCCGAUGAAGGCGAGAGAAUGUGGUUUUGCGUCAUUCGAAGAUGUAGUGGCUCCUCGCCAGGAUGCUCUCAUGCUGGCGUAUAUUGUCGAAGCUCUUGCGGAGCUCGGGGCCGACUUGAGGUCGAUGGAGAAGGGGCAAACGCUGCCGCCCGUGCGGUAUCAAUCCAAGCAUGCUCAUGACAGGCUUAUGGACCGUUUUUGGAUCAUUCUCGAGAAACAUGGAUUGGUUGAAACAAAAGGGGCGGCUGAACGGGUGAGAGGAUCGGCUGAGUGCUCAGCAAGCACUUCGGCGGAGCUCCUGGCCCAGCUGCAGAGAGAACUUCCAGCAUAUCGCUGUGACUUUGCAUUGAUGGGCUUGACUGGUCCCCAACUUGCCCAAUGUUUGCUUGGAAAGCAGGACCCUGUUGCGCUUCUGUUCAAGACGCAAAGCUCGCAGGCCAUAUUGGAGGAUUUCUAUCUCAAUUCCCCCAUGCUGGCCACGGCAACAGAGAUGCUAGUGGAAACAAUUGUCAAUGCUGUCUCUGGCGGAAAGGCCAAUAAUACCGUCCGGAUUCUUGAAGUUGGAGCAGGCUUUGGUGGAACGACCAAGAGGCUUGUACAGGCACUUUCAAACUUGGGUCGACCUGUCUCCUACACCUUUACCGACAUCUCGCCCACGCUCGUCGGUCGCGCUCUCAAAGUCUUUGCUGACCAGUAUCCGUGGCUGCAAUUCCAGACGUGGAAUAUGGAGCGAGCACCUCCGCCGUCUCUCUGUGCCGCUGGACCCUUCGAUAUCAUCAUUGGCACUAAUUGCGUGCACGCCACAGAAGAUCGAAGUGCGACGCUUGGCCGCCUGAAGCAGCUACUUCACCCGUCUGGCUUUGUUCUGCUCUCCGAAGUGACAGAGGUCAUUGACUGGUACGACAUCACGUACGGACCGCUCGACAGCUGGUGGCUCGACAAGAGCGGCGCUUAUCCUCUCCAGCCGCCCGAGGCGUGGAUGCAGUAUUUCAAGAAGGCUGGUUUUCCCGCCGUGUCGUACUCACAAGGUCAGAGUGCGGAUAUGAACACGCAAAGGCUGCUCAUCGCUAGCCUGCGUGAGGAUGCCAAGGUUCCGCAGAGAGCUGUUCCAAAGCCAGUGACGGAGACUGCAGUCUACAAAGUGGUGGACGACGUAGAGGUUCACGCUGAUGUGUUCUUUCCGCAGCGGCCACCAGCUACCGCCAUGGGCGUCGCCCUUAUGAUCCACGGCGGCGGCCAUAUGACGCUCUCCCGCAAAGCAGUGCGCCCUGCACAAACCAACUUCCUUCUGGCCAACAACAUACUGCCUUUAAGCAUAGACUAUCGUCUGUGUCCCGAGGUAAACCUCGUUGAGGGGCCCAUAUCAGAUACUCUGGACGCCUACAAGUGGAUCAAAUCUUCCUUGCCUGCUCUCGCGCGGCGAAGGGGUAUCGUCAUCGACACGGAGAGGAUUGUGGCCAUCGGCUGGUCUUCCGGUGGCCACCUCGCCAUGACAACUGCAUGGACCGCAGCAGACGCGGGCAUCAAGCCGCCAAAAGCGAUUCUGAGUUUCUAUGGCCCAACGGACUUUGAAUCCGGUGUACUGGACAAGCGCAGGGCUGAGGAGUAUCCAGAGCGGACGAUGCGGAUGAGAGACAUCAUCAAGGCUCUGCCUGCGAAGCCGAUCACCAGCUACGACAGCGAUGCCUCUGACACCACCGGCCUUGGCUGGGUGCGGCCUGGCGACCCGCGCUCUGAGCUCGUGUUGUCGCUCUUCAAGGAGGGCACCGGGCUGCCAUUACUUCUAAACGGCCUGCCCUCGGGCUCUGGCGCCGACGGCGAUUCUUGGACACAAAGACCUGAUGCUGAACGCGUCGCAGCUAUCAGCCCCAUGGCGCAGCUGCGCCGUGGCAAGUACAAGGUUCCGACCUUCAUCAUCCAUGGGACGAAAGACGAGAUCGUCCCUUACAGCACUGCAGUCGCUUUUGCAGAUGCUCUCAGAGCUGCAGGUGUUGAGGGAGAGCUUCUAACAGUACAGGGUGCUAGACAUAUUCAUGAUGUUUCGCUGAAGCCGGGCAACAAGCGGUGGGACGACACAGUUGCACCAGGUUAUGAGUUUCUCUUCCGCCACUUGAGCUUGUAG